UAUAUAGUUGCAACGCAGCGGCCAUCGAGGGAACAUUCUAAUCGAAGAGGAAGUUUAUUUGGAGACAUGUACAUUUUGAAAUCAAUAUUUCUUGUCGUCCUGGCCACAACGAUAUGUGAAGGUGUAAAAUGGAAAGAAUUAAAAAAGACGCUGCGAUUUGCAAGAAAUGGACCAGAACCAGGCGAGAGGAGGGAUGUUAUUACUAUCGAUAGCAGAGAGGAGCUCUCGAACUGGCCUAAGCAUGAACCCGAUGUCGGUUCAUUUCAAAACAUUUUCACCGAAGCAAGAAAAAGAGCAAAAAGAUCAACUCCAGGAACACCGAGUAAAAACAAGUUCCAUUUCAAUGACAGCCAUUAUGUUGCAGAAGUUCAUUGGGCUGGUUCCAAUAGUUCUGUGAUGCUUGUAUUGAUGCGGGAUCCAACCCCAUCACCAAAGCGACCAAACUAUUUUUAUGUCUCCACAGAUUAUGGAAAAAAUUUUUUGAACAUAACACACAAGUUUAUUGUCAAUGGGACAUUGCCUGUUUUGAAUGACUACUAUCCAAGUCCCAUUAAUAAUCAACACUACAUAAUCACUGCCAAGUUCCACAAGUACAUAUUUAUUUCCUCUGAUGGCUGCAAUACUUUCAGGACUGUUAGAGUCCCGUUCACACCAACCAAAAUUAAAUUUCACCCAACAUACUACAGAUAUCUCUUGGCCUAUGAUGAAGAUCAUCCAAUGAACAAGUUGUAUGUCUCCAAAAAUUUCGGGGCAUCCUGGUUGUUUAAAUCUAAUUAUGUCAGAUCAUUUUACUGGGGGAUACAACCAUAUGACUAUUCAAGCCAGUUCUAUGUUGAAAGACGUUUACCUGGCCAGCGUUCGACAAUUAUGCGAUACAACUACUGGUACUGGUAUCCAAGGACACUGAUCACCAACGUCGAAGAUUUUGACUUGCAAGACAAAUACAUGUUCGUAUCUCAACGCAAUACUACAAUGGGUGGUGUUCAUAUACAAAUCUCGUACAAACGAAACAGUUUUAGAAUGGCCCAAAUUCCGCAAGAAAGAAAAGACCCUGCCUUGAGCUACGUAUUCGGAGAUGCAUCUGAAGAUCAAUUGUUUGUGGCAGUCGACCACAAUUCUAGUGCCUCGCUCUAUAUUUCUGAUCGAACAGGCCUUGUUUUCAGCGAAUCUUUGGAAAGAAUUCUGUAUCACAACAAAGAUUACAACCCAACUUUGCCUGUCAGGUCAAGUCUGAACCAAUCGUUUAUCGACCUUUACCGCGUCGAGGGUAUAUAUGGAGUGUACAUUGCGACCCAGCUGACCAAUGCUCGACCGGGUCAUCGCAAGCUGAAGACGCUGAUUACUUUCGAUAAAGGCGGCGAGUGGAUGAAUGUGUCUGCCCCUAAGGUCGAUUCAUACGGAAGGCCAACGAAUUGCGAAUUAUCUCGUGGCUGUUCACUACACCUCUCUCAAAGUUAUGGUACAUACAGUAUAUAUUCAACAUUCCAACCAAUGCUUUCGAAGAAGUCAUCACCCGGAUUAAUCAUAGCACAAGGGUCUCUUGGACAAAGCCUGCAAACGUAUCCAAAUGUAUAUUUGUCAGCGGAUGGUGGUGCAAGGUGGAGAGAGGUCCUCAAAGGUCACUGGUUUUAUCGUUUUGCUGACCAUGGUGGUAUGAUAGUCGCCAUCAAACGAUAUGGGCUUGCUGACUCAUUAUUGUACUCAUGGGACGAUGGAGAGACAUGGAACUCCUUCAAAUUUUCAAAUGUGAAAACUAGAGUUUAUGGACUUCUCACCGAGCCAGGAGAGACAACAACUAUUUUCACCAUCUUUGGGUCCUACUCGCAAAGGCAUUCCUGGUUUCUGAUUCAAGUGGACAUGAAGGAUGUCCUAGGCCAACCUUGUACAUCAAACCAAUAUAAAAACUGGACCAUGGUUGACCCAGCAAACGAUACUGAUAAUUGUCUUCUUGGAAAAAGACAAAUGUUUGAAAAGAGGGCGCCAAAAGAGCUUUGUUUCAAUGGGAAAAAUUACGAUCGACCUGUGUUUACAUAUAAUUGUCCUUGUGUAAGAGAAGACUUUGAAUGCGACUACGGUUACAUGGAAUCCACAGACUGGUUUAGAACCCGAUGUAUUGAUGAUCCUGGUGAUUAUUAUGACCCAGCCAAGCCGCCCUCCAACUGCAGGCCUGGCAUGUUUUAUAAUAGGACGAAAGGGUUCCGGAAGAUUUCUGGAGACACAUGUUCCGGAGGAUUAGAAAAGUACUAUUCACCAACCCCAACGGCUUGCCCUCUCAACAAUCCUACCAGCUUUAUAUGGUAUGCCAAGCGGAUGUCUCUGCAUAGACUUGAUCUGGGUUUGCCAAACAGAGAUAUUAGCUUCAAUAUCCCUGGUCUGAAGAACGCAAUUGCAUUGGACUACGACUACAAAAGGAAUGUUUUGUUCUGGGCUGAUAUUACAACAGACAAAAUCAAUCGUAUUCAUCUUAAUGGCUCUAGCUAUGUUCAGGAGAUCAGUGGCUUCAACGAAUCAAGGUCUCAUGUAGAGUCAAUCGCGUACGACUGGUUGGGUGAGAAUGUUUACUGGACAGACACUGGAAUGAAACAAAUCGGUGUCGUGAGAGCUUAUCCAAUCUUAAGCAUGCCGGAUAUGAAAGUCUCUAAAGUGUUGUUUACAGAAAACCUUGGCCGUCCUCGGGGCAUUGCUCUGAAUCCAGUGAAAGGAAUCCUGUUUUGGACGGACUGGGGCAGCUCUGCAAGAAUAGAAAGCGCCAACAUGGACGGUACCAACCGCAAAGUGGUUGUUGGGUCAGAUCUUGUAUGGCCUAAUGGAGUGACAGUUGACAUCACUGGCUCGCGGAUAUACUGGACGGACGCUGGAAAGGACAGGAUUGAAGUAGCUAAUUUUGAUGGAAGCAACAGGCAGACUCUGUUUAACUACAACGUCAGACACCCGUAUGGAAUUUCUGUUCUUGGCAAUUACAUAUAUUGGGAUGACUGGUCUCUCAGCACCAUCGAAAGAGGAUCAAAGAUAUCGUCGAAUGACAGACGAACAAUCCAGUACAAUGCUAGAGGCAUUAUGGAAUUAAAGGCAUUUGGGCCGUCGUCCCAGCAAGGAACAAGCCAAUGUGCCACGGCCAAGUGCGCGUACCUAUGCCUACAGUCUCCAAGUGGAGUCAAUUGCUCAUGCCCUGACAAUCUUAUUGAGGUUGUCUCGGGGGGCACUCGACACUGUAUUUGCCCUGCGGGGACCAGGAUGAAUAAAGGUGAAUGCGUGACAACAGAUGGAACCUGCAGCCCAAGCGAAUUCAAAUGUGACAAUAAUAAUUGCAUUCCGAAACGCUGGAGAUGUGACUAUGACAACGAUUGCCAUGAUUUCUCCGACGAAAGAAAUUGUGAAUACAGCACAUGCUCAGCAUCGCAGUUCAAAUGCAACAAUGGUCGCUGUAUUCCUAGAAGGUGGCUUUGUGACGGAGACAAGGACUGUAGCGACGGUUCUGAUGAACGAGAAUGCAACAGUACCUGUCGUGCAAGUGAGUUCAGAUGUCGCAAUGGUCGCUGUAUAGCUAGAAUUUGGCGUUGUGACGGGGAUAACGACUGUCAUGAUUGGUCGGAUGAAGUCAAUUGCCUUAACUACACAACGCAGAGAACUCCACUCUCCACGACACCACUCAGGUGCUCUUCGGGUCUUUCACCAUGCAAAGACAACAGUGGAUGCUAUCCAAGCUCUCACUAUUGUGAUGGUAGAAACGAUUGCUUCGACGGUUCGGAUGAGCCUAGACACUGCACUCUUCAUUGUCGGGCAGACCAAUUCAAAUGCAGAUCAGUUGCCAAAUGUAUACUGUCCAUGCAGAAAUGCGACGGGAAAAAUGAUUGCGGUGAUAACUCAGAUGAAAUGAAUUGUUUGACAACUAAACGCCCUUGGAUAAUAUCAACACGCUGCGAAUUUCGUUGCUCCGAUGGCAGCUGUAUUCCACGGAGUUUCGUUUGUGAUGGCAAAAGGGAUUGUCUUUCGCCGCGAGAAAGCCCAGUCGGAGAUGAUGAGAAAAUCUGCCCAACAACUGCUCCAUUUGUCUGCCCUGGUGAGUUCAGAUGCAAGUCGUACCCGACUUGUGUGCCUUUAGGCUCUGUCUGCGAUGGUUUCAACGACUGCACUGAUGCCAGCGAUGAAAUGAAUUGUCCCACCGGAAAGCCUGACUUCUCAUGUUACGAUUUCCCAUUCGGCUUCAACUGCACGAAUGGCGAAGUGUGCUUGUCUGCGGAUAUGAGAUGCGAUGGUAGACUAGCUUGCUCAGACCGUUCUGAUGAGAAUAAGACCAUAUGUGGUGCAGCUGUAAGAGCGGAAGGUUUAGUUGCGACAGCAGAAGCCGAUCACGUGCAUCUACAGUGGAAGGAGCUGAAGAAGAUAAAAAAUGUGAAGGGCUACACUCUCAUUUAUAGAAAUGACGAGAAUCACCGAGGCAAACUUGCAGUUAACGUUGCCACUGGAACGUAUGAAUAUAAACUAGCAAAGAUGUUACACGGCUGCAGCAAGUAUAUGCUUGCACUUGGCGUUAGAAUAAAGGGUUUGCCUGAGCGAAAUUGGCUAUACAGUGUUACUCGUGUGCUUACUCAGCCAAAUGAAGCUUUGGUGAAGCCAAGAAGUUUGAAAUUUGAGCAAACACUACACGGGCAUCUUGGCUUUUUAUCUUGGACAGAAGGAAAGUAUUGCAAACCGGAAGAACGAGAGGUUCACUGUGAGUAUACCAAGCCUAAGAGCACAGAUACGGAACAAAUUGUCUAUCCUGUAGCCUCCGGAACAUCAGUGCAGCUUAACAAUUUAACAAUUGGUGGUAAUUAUACAUGCAGGAUUCGUGUGUGGAUCUUGCUUAAAGACGAGAGGAAACUGCUGGAUUCAGAAGCUAUAACUUUUAUUCCAGAGGCCGGAGCCCAGCCUCAGCCACAUAAAGCGGGCAAAAGCACAUCUUCUUCGAGUACUAAAAGAACCCUUGUGUGGGCGAUACCUGUUGGGCUGAUGGUUCUGGUUCUGUUCGUUGCAUUCGUCGUCAUGCUGGUCAAAUACAGAAAUUUACAGAGAAGUUUCAUGGCUUUUGCCAACAGAGGCUACAAUAGAGCGGAUGAUGACGACGAUGAGGUUGCUGUCACUUUUCACCAAGGUGAAGAUUCUGCAAUGAUUAAUCGCUUCUCAGAUGAUGAGCCUCUUGUUAGCUGAAUUCUGAAUUCCAAGCACAACACAGGUGAAGCUCACUGAACUGAGUAAAUCUAAUUGCAUGUUCCAUCUUCGAACCUUCUACUUGAGGACAUACUUCGUUUAUUAAAUUAGGCAUUUGCACUCGUUGAUCAAUAAAUGUUCACAAUUUGUAUGUAAUGCGCAAACUGGAAGAUAAAUCGUUCUAGUUCGAUAUCAGUAAAGAGGGAAGCUUUGCUUUAUUGGGCCUAGCUCCAGAGACCCUCUAAUCAAGUAAAUUUAUUUCUUUUCUUGGAAUGUGAUUCACGUGUCACUUUUUGUUUCUUAGAUCAUCCCCACACACUAGAUUUAUACCGUAGUAUUAAUAACAGAUAUCUAUUGAGUUUUUCUAGGCACUUGUAUACGUCUUUCAGAUCCAGUUUUCUGAGAGAAAGGGCUGCCCUAGGAUCGCAGCGACCUUCGUGAUGAGUCAAUAUUUAGCUAACCUAUACGUCUUGGUCUGUUUGGCUUCCUUCUGCUGAUUGGCUGAUUUUUUUCAUCCCAUAAGGUAAUUCAUAUCCAAAAAGUGAUGCGUGUUGAUCACCUUUUUUGUAGUGUUUGCUUGCUUGCUUGAGCGAUUGGGAAUUCUGAUAAUCAUCUUUGAUAAAUCACUUUGCGUUUGAUUAUUAAGCCGAUUUUUGCUGUAAAGAUAGGAUGUGGUAUUUAAAUUUGGUCAGUAAAGCCAGAACUGUAAGUAUUGAGAUUGUACCAUUUGCUUCAUAUUUGAUAAAUGGG